CUGUCGGUGAUCGUGCCACCUCAGGACGUGGACGUGGACUCGCGUGACGCCGACUCGGAGCUCCUCAGUCCGGGCAAGCUAACGCCGACGUCGGGGAUAAGCGUCUCGGUCGCGAGUAUGAUCGACGCGACGGACUUCAGGGCGAUGCAGCCGGAGCCGACCUAUCAGACACUGACCUCGGUCGCGGAGAGGAUGUCGCCGCCUGGCUUCAGCCCGGGCUCGUCGUACGCGACCCUAACGCCUUUGCAGCCGUUACCGCCGAUCUCGACGAUGAGCGACAAAUUCGUCUACAGCGCGCACACGGCCGGCGGUGUGACCGGCAGUUUCGCGGUCAUGCAGAACAACGGCCUCGGUAACAUCGGCCUCGGUAUGGGCAGCUCGCCGUACGCGUACGACAAGCUGCCGUCGAUGGGGAUGUCGCCGCCGCACAAUUAUCCUUCGCCCGGCGCUGGACUACAGCCGAGCCCUUUGUCGCCCCAGAGCGCCUACAGCCAGAGCGGGCUGAACUCGCCGCACAAGUCCGCGAGCCCGCACUACGAUCCGGCGUUUUUGCCGCGGCUACAACAGAGCCCGGCGGCGUUGAGCCCAUCCUCGCCGCCCGCGGUUUCCGCGACGGCAAGUUUCGCGCCCUCGCAUCAUUCGCCGCCCACGCACUCGGUACCAGCCGCGUCACCACCUCCCAUGCAGACUCAGCUGCAACAGCAACAGCAGCAGCAACAACAGCAGCAACAGCAGCAGCAGCAGCAGCAGCAACAGCAGCAGCAGCAGCAACAGUCGAUGACGCAGCAGACGAUAUCGCACACGCAGCACGUGCAGCACACGUCCGUCGUGAUGAAAACGGUGUCGUCCGCUGGGAACGGUGCCGGCGAGGUCGAGGAGAUCAACACGAAGGAGCUGGCGCAGAGGAUCAGCGCGGAGCUCAAGAGGUACAGCAUACCGCAGGCGAUAUUCGCCCAGAGGGUCCUGUGCCGUAGCCAGGGCACCCUCAGCGACCUGCUCCGUAACCCGAAACCCUGGUCGAAGCUGAAAAGCGGACGCGAGACGUUCCGACGGAUGUGGAAGUGGCUGCAGGAGCCAGAGUUUCAGAGAAUGUCGGCCUUGCGGCUAGCAG